CUGAAGAGGAGCUUCUGCAUUAUUACCUCAGGAAGAAAGUUGGGUUCCAAAAGAUUGAUCUUGAUGUCAUUCGUGAUGUUGAUCUCAACAAGCUUGAGCCUUGGGAUAUUCAAGAGAAGUGCAAGAUUGGAUCCACCCCACAGAACGAUUGGUACUUCUUCAGCCACAAGGACAAGAAGUAUCCGACGGGAACCCGGACGAAUCGCGCCACGGCGGCCGGGUUCUGGAAGGCCACCGGCCGAGAUAAGAUCAUUUACACCGGAUCCAGAAGAAUUGGGCUGAGAAAAACUCUAGUCUUUUAUAAAGGACGAGCCCCCCAUGGCCAAAAGUCCGAUUGGAUCAUGCACGAGUAUCGUCUCAACGACAGCGACCGCGACUGCGACCGCGACAACAAUGUAUGCAACUCGAUGGGAGAGGUGGCGGAGGACGGGUGGGUGGUAUGCCGCGUGUUCAAGAAGAAGAAUUACCAGAAGAGCGUGGACAGCCCGAAGACGUCCCCAAGCUCCAUAGAUUCGGAGGCUCAAUUGCUGAGCUCAGGCAACGACGUGGUUCUUGACCAAAUACUCCAAUACAUGGGGAGAACAUGCAAGCUCGAAACGGAGUCGUUUAAGAUCAACAACAUGAACAUGAAUAACACCAAUUCAAAAUCGUUCAUGCACCUGCCAAGGCUGGACAGCCCCACAACGCUGCCAGUCCACCAGGAAACGGCGUCGUUCAACCACGAGGCCAUGCUCUCGCUCUCGGAGUUAAGUGAGCCAUCCCCAUCCCCAGGACGACAUGUCGUGAAGCUGGACAACUGGGUGGCAUUGGACCGACUUGUCGCCUCCCAGCUGAACUGCCACGAAUUGGAGCGCCCCAACAUGGGAGAAGAUCAAGAAGAGGAUCAUGAUCACGAUCAUCUGCAACUCUCUCAUUUCCGAUCAAGCAGAGGGUUGGGAUUCGGCCACGACACCGAUAUUUGGGGCUUCACUAAAUCAUCCUCUCCCUCAUCAUUAGACCCACUAUCCCACUUGUCGGUUUAACCAAAACCAAUCUCAAUCUCUUCAUCUUCUACUAUCCCAUUUUCAUACUUCUUUUGGCUUAGUAUACAUUAUAAUGUAUUGUUCUAUAUAUAUAUGUGUAAUAAGUUUUAAUAGAUUUUAAUACACCCCGCCACGGCCUCCCUUUUUCAUCUGCACAAAAAAACUACAAAAUCUUAAAUAUUCUAUAUUACAGACGUCUCGAAGACGUUCAUGAGGCUCAAUGGAGAUUGA